UACUGUCAAUCGUGUGUUACCUCGUUGUUGUUCUUCCUGCUACACGCAGACGUUUCGUUAGCAUGAAGAUAACACUAAAAUCUAUGGAUUCUGGGACAUAAUUAGUGAAAUAUUGACUGUAUUAAAGCGCCCCUUCCCCACAUUCUUCACGGGUGAGGUACAAAUGGACAAAAAUGCCAGAAAAGUCCGGAAUCAAGACAUAAAUCCUUGCAUUGAAGAAAGUGAUGCUUCUCAAAAGUGUUUGGAUGCUUCCAACUAUGAUAGGACCAUGUGCACAGCCUUCUUCCAGAGUUACAAAAACUGUAGGAAAUAUUGGCACAAUAUAAUGUUGCACCGGAGAAGAGAGGGUGUCAAACCUGACAUGCCCACUGCUACAGAAAGGCAGGAGAUGCUCUCUGCUAUUGGAGGGAAGCCAUAUUGAGGAGCCAUGACGUUUAUAAAGAGACACCAGGGGGAUGACGUACACAUUCUGUUGAUACUAAAACACUGCACUGAGACUCUCUGCAAAGAAAAAGAAACGUUGUAAGCCA